AUGUGGAAGUACAUCUAUCUAUUGUUAUUGAAUCUAGGUGAGUUGAAAAGCCAGACAGAUGAAGCAUAUCUGGCAAAACCAAUCGGAAACCAGUUUUCAUCUAAUAUAAAAACUUAUCCUAUUGUGCUUUGGUGGACUGAGAAGAUAUUUCCGCAUUUUCAAGGUGAUACCGAUGUCAUCAAUUGUCCCAAAGGAUCGUGUGUGACAACAACCAACAAAAAAUUGCUGACAAAUCCACGGACCAGAGGAAUACUGUUUUACGGAACUGACUUCCGAGCUUAUGAAGCACCACUUCCCAGGAUGCCUCAGCACGAAUGGGCUUUGUUCCAUGAGGAAUCUCCAAUGAAUAAUUACAUCCUAUCCCAUAAUACUAUGAUUAGGAUGUUCAAUCACACUGCCACGUUUCGUCGGGAAUCAGAUUUUCCGCUGACUUCUCAUCCGAUACCGUCCUUACAAUAUUUAACGCAGAGGAAAAGUGUACCCCUACAAGAAAAAAAUGUGUUGCGACAAGACGGGGCCUAUGCUGCUGUGUUGUAUGUGCAGUCUCAUUGUGGAAUCGCUUCAGACAGGGAUCGCUAUAUAACAGAAUUGAUGAAAUACAUUCCCAUUGAUUCGUAUGGGAAAUGCUUAAAUAACAAAGACCUUCCAGCUGAUUUACAAGAUACCAUGACGAUGGACCAUCCUGAUUUUUUAAAACUCAUCUCUGGAUAUAAGUUUCAUCUUGCAUUCGAGAAUGCGAUUUGCGAUGAUUAUAUGACAGAAAAACUCUUCCGAACUCUGCACGUUGGCUCUGUACCCAUAUAUCGUGGAUCAGCAAAAGCUCGAGACUGGAUGCCAAGUAACAAAUCGAUUAUAAUGGUGGAUGAUUUCAAAACCCCAGAAAAACUUGCAAAUUAUAUUAAAAUGUUAGAUGAAAAUGAUGAACUAUAUUCGGAAUAUUUACAAUAUAAAGAUGACGGCAUCAAUAAUGAGUUUUUAAUUAAUCACAUAUCAAAACGAACAUGGGGAAUUAACGUUGUUGGUAAAGAUGACUUCAUAACUGGAUUUGAAUGCUAUGUAUGUGAUCGUGUAAUUGAGAGAAUCAACAACCAAACGCUUCCACCUCGAAUUGCAAGUUACGCGCACAUGGGUUGUCCAGAACCAGAUGUAUCGUAUGGCAGUAGAGAUGACGUUCCAAUGUCAGAUGAGUGGCGUAUGUGGAAGGAAGAUUUCUGGGGCCAUAUGGACCAAGCUCAUGCCUUGCAGCAUAUGAUGAAUAUUGGUGAAAAGGACUCCUCUAAGCUCUUUGACUACUUGGAAGAAAUGAUGCACAAUAGAAGGCAGUGAAAUAAUUCAACAGAAAUAUUAUUACACUGAAAUAUUAUCUAUUAAUGGUGGAAUGUGCCGGAAUUUGUUGCAGAGCGCAG